AUGGAUACUAUUACUUGUGGUUUGGUUGAGAAGUUCCGAGACGUAGUGCUCGACCUAACUUGGGAGCAGCUUCUUUAUCUCAUUCACUAUCGCAGAAACAUUGAGCACUUCAAUGAACUACUUGAGGAACUCACCCUUAGAAGAUGCUCCAUAAAUCAUGAAAUAGAUGAGGCUACAAACAAUGUAGAACAAAUUAAAGAGGAAGUUUGUCAUUGGUUGGCCAAAGUAGAUGAGAUAUCAGAGACAGGACGAAAGCUUCGAGAAAAGAGUCAGGUACAAACAGAGUGUAGCAUAACUUCAUGUCCCAACCCUUGGCUACGCUAUAAACUAAGCAAAAAAGCAAAGGAGAUUGCGAAAGAAGUUGUUGAAAUUUGUGGGAAGGGAAACUUUCAUAGAGUUUCAUAUCGUGUUCCUCCCCCGUCAAUGACAGAAUUAACGAACAGAGACAGCAAUGAAGGGAUUGAUUCAAGAGUACCGAUUAUGAAUCAAAUUAUGGAGGCAUUACGGAAUCCAAGUGUUAAUAUGAUCGGAUUGUGGGGGCUUGGGGGUGUUGGCAAGACCACCAUGGCUAGAGAGGUUGAAAAGAAGGUGAAGAAUCAAAAGAUGUUUGAAAAUGUGAUCAUGGCAAUUGUUUCCAAAGAAUUGAAUGUUGAGAAGAUUCAAGGCCAGAUUGCUGAUAAGUUGGGUAUGCCACUCAAUGAAAGAACUGAAGAUGUCAGAGCUUCUCGUUUGUGGGAGAGGUUGAAGAAAGAGAAGAAUAUGCUCCUAAUAUUGGAUGACCUUUGGGAGGAACUUGAUUUGCGCAAAGUUGGAAUUCCCUUUGUUGAUGUUGAAAAUUAUAGCAGAAAGAAUGAAGGUUGCAAAAUUUUACUAACUUCAAGGAAUAGAAGUCUGCUGUCAGAUCUCAUGAAAUGUCAAGAAAUUAUCAAAGUGGGUGUUUUGUCAAAGAAUGAAGCAUGGGAGUUGUUCAAGAGGAUUGCCGAAUUUUCUGUUGAAUCAGGCAAUCCUGAUUUGAAACCUAUAGCAUAUGAGAUUGUUCAAAAGUGCGGAGGUCUGCCACUAGCGAUUGCUACAGCUGCCAAGGCAUUAAGGGGAAAAAAUCUAGAUGAGUGGAAAGAUUACCUUGCACGAUGGAGAAAUCAUUUAAGGCGAAGUAACACAGGAAUCAAAGAGGUGGAUGCCUCUUUGAAAUUGAGCUAUGAUCCUCUAAGCCAAGAGAAAAAAACUAUUUUCUUACUUGCUGCCAUGUUAACCCAUGAUCCCUCAAUUGAAGACCUGCUCAUGUACUCUGUGGGUUUAGAUAUUUUUCAAGGCAUAGAGAACAUGGAACAAGCCUAUGUUGGAAUCUCUGCUAUUGCGAGUAAGCUAAAAUCAUUAAACUUAUUUCUGGAUAGCAUUUCUAGUCAUCAUGUUACAAUCCAUGACGUCUUUCGAGAUAUUGCAUUAUUGACUGCAUCUGAUGAAUUACAUGCAUUCAUUUUGAGGCAUAAAAGCUUGAGAGAAUGGCCAGACGAAGAUAAGCUAGAAGGCUACAAGGGAAUUUGCUUGCAAGAAAGUGACAUCAGUGUUGACCUUACAGAAGAGUUGCAUGCUCCAACAUUAGAAUUCUUUCUACUGCACAACACAAAACAACAUGACUUGACCAUACCCAGCAUGUUUUUCAAAUCUUCAAAGAAGCUAAAACUGUUGGCAUUUACUGAUGUGCGUUUUUCAUCACUACCAUCACUCAGUUUCCUACUAAAACUAAAAACAUUGUGUCUGCACUCUUGUUUGCUAGAAGAUAUAACUGAAGUCACAAGGUUGAAGAAUUUAAAAGUGUUAAGUCUUGCUUACUCUGAAAUUGAAUGGCUACCAAUUCAAUUAGCAGAGUUGACUUCUUUACAAAUGUUGAAUUUGUCCCAUUGCUCCAAGCUCAAAGUGAUUCCCCCAAAACUUCUAUCUAGCUUGAAAAAAUUGGAAGUGUUGUACAUGGGAAACAGCUUUAACCAGUGGAAAAUUGAAGGAUCUAGUGAAGCUGAUGAAAACGCAAGUCUUCAAGAGUUAAAGGAUUUGCCAAUCUCUUCUCUCGAUAUUCAUAUUCCUAAUGUCUCCAUGUUGCCGGAGGCUUUGUUCUUAGACUUGGAUUUGCAGAGAUAUAGAAUAUUCAUUGGAGACCAUUGGAAAUGGCAAGACAAUUAUGAAACUUCGAAGAUAUUGAAACUUGAGCUAGAGGGUAGUAUCCAUUUGAAGCCUGGGGCUCAGAAGUUGAUGAAAGGAGCUGAAGAUUUGUAUUUAUAUGGAUCUAAUGGGCUUGAAAAUGUUCUUCACUGUCAUGAUGGAAGAGCAUUUCCACAUUUAAGGCAUCUUCAGAUUGAAAGUAAUGAUACUAUUAGAUACAUCGUUUUGAACUCAGCACACCAUGAAGCUGCAACAAAUAACAUAUCCAACAAAAUGUCUGAGUUAAUUUUCAACAAGGUGUUACUUCCAAAAUUGGAGAGGUUGGAAUUGUCCAAUUCAAUCAAUUUGAUUCCAAUAGCAUGGGACGACCAACUUUCACACACCUCAUUUAGCAAUUUGAAAAUAUUGAUUGUGAAAAACUGUGGCUUUGUGAAAUUGGUGUCCCUUCGUGUGCUGAAAUCUUUAAACAACUUGGAAGAACUAGAAGUUAGGGAGUGUAACAUGUUGGAGUUAGUCUUUGAUUUUGAAGAUUUGAAUGAUUGUAAAGGGGAGGCGGAGUCGUCAUUAGUGAUUGCACCGCUGAAGAAGUUGACGUUAUAUGGAUUGCGAAAAUUGAAGAAUGUGUGGAGCAAUCACUAUAAAGGAGAUGUCUCCUUCCCAAGUCUAAGGAGCGUGCAUGUGUCCUGUUGUGAAAGCCUCACAAGUUUGUUUCCUGCAUCUAUAGCCAAGGGCAUGCUUCGUGAUCUUGAAUAUCUUCGAAUAGAAGAUUGUGGUAUAGAGGUAAUUGUUGCAAAAGAUCGAGUUUCAGAAUCUGUUGCUACUGUGUUAGAGUUUCCUAGUCUGACUUCCCUUGAGCUUUCUUGGCUUCGAAAUUUGAAAAGCUUCUAUCCACAGAGACACACAUUAGAAUGGCCACAACUUCAACAGUUAGAUGUUAGAUAUUGUGAUGAAUUAGAGAUAUUUGACAAGGAAGUCUCAAGUUCACUAGAAAUACAUGAGGAAGAGAGCACAUUAGCCUCAAAAUAUCCUCUACUGUCCCAUGACAAGGUCACUCAUAAUUUGGAGGAGUUGACAUUGUGCGGUAAAGGAGCUGAGACGAUAGCGAGUGGCCAGCUUUCAUUGUACCACUUCCCCAAAGUAAAACUGCUUCAUCUAUGUGUUGGUUAUAAAGCAACGACUAUGUCAUACAAAUUGUUGAAGGGCUUUCCAAAUUUAGAGGAGCUGAGGGUGGGGGGUCACAUUAAGAAGGCUUUUGGCGGAGGGGAUGAUGUUCCUCUUCCAAUAAAAUUGACUCUUCGCAGAAUUCCCAAAAUGACAAGCUUGGUACCACUCUUGGUUUCUUCGCCAAAUCUCACACAUCUGCGCGUGGAAACGUGUAGUGAGCUGACCACUUUGAUGACGUCAUCAGUUGCUCGAAGCUUGGUCCAUCUCACGAGUCUCUCAAUUAGUUCGUGCUCUAACAUAGAGGAAAUUAUAUGGAAGCAGGAAGGAGAGGAUGAUGACGAUGAGGAAGUCGUUUUCGGCAAGUUGCAGUAUUUGGAAGUUGAACAGUUACCAGAAUUGAAGAGAUUUUGCCGCUACAAUUACACUUUCAGAUUUCCGUUAUUGGAUCAGCUGAUCAUAACAAAAUGUCCAAAAUUCAAAGUAUUCUCUCCAGGACCCAUUGAUACACCAUCUCUUAAAAGCGUUCUACUGUCACAAGAUAGAUUUGGAGAACAUCAUGAAAUUUGGGACACCAAUCUUAACAAGACAUUCUACCAACAGAGAUUUGUGGCAUCAAGAGAGAUGGUGUUAGAUGAGUAUGAUGUCAGCAUGAUAAGGAAUGACCAAUUUCCAGCGGACUGUCUUGCUCAAGUGCAAAUUCUGCGCAUAGUUGGGUCUGAUGAAGAAGGGGCAACAUUGCUGCAUACAUUGCUUGAAAGAUUUCCGCAGCUGAAUAAACUUCGUGUGGAGGAUAGUUCUUUCGAGGAGAUAUUCCCAUCACCCAUUGUUCAUCAAAUUCAACUUCUUCAUAAUUUGACAGUGCUGAAUGUGUUCCGAUGUCAUCAGCUCAUCUAUUUAAUGACAAAUUCAGCCGCCAAAAGUUUGUGCAUUGAGAAGAUUAGAACUCAGAAGUCUGCCAAGAUUGAAAGCAGAAGAGCAUAA